AUGGCGCGCUGCCUGCGGCUGCUGCUCGCCGCCUGCCUCUGCCUCGCCGCGGCCGCCGACUUUGACAGAAGGUGGCCCAGACAAAUAAUCUCCUCAGCGGGGCUGUGCCGGUUUGGAAGUAGAGUCGACUGCUGCUGGGGCUGGGCCCGCUUAGCGUGGGGCCAAUGCCAACCUUUCUACGUCUUAAGGCAGAGAAUAGCCAGCCUAAGGUGCCAACCCAAAGCAAUAUGCCAGCCAGGAUGCAAGCAUGGRGAAUGCAUUGGACCAAACAAGUGCAAGUGCCACCCAGGAUACACUGGAAAAACCUGCAACCAAGAUCUGAAUGAGUGUGGACUGAAGCCCCGGCCAUGCAAGCACCGAUGCAUGAAUACCUACGGCAGCUACAAGUGCUACUGCCUGAAUGGCUACAUGCUCAUGCCAGAUGGAACGUGCUCUAAUGCCCUGACAUGUUCAAUGGCAAACUGUCAGUAUGGCUGUGAUGUGCUGAAAGGAGAAGUCCGCUGCCGCUGUCCUUCCCCAGGCCUGCAGCUGGGCCCUGAUGGGAGGACCUGCAUAGAUAUCGAUGAAUGUGCUACUGGGAGAGUGAUCUGUCCCCGGUUUAGGCACUGCAUCAAUACUUUCGGAAGCUACAUUUGCAGAUGCCAUAAAGGCUUUGAUCUAAUGUACAUCGGAGGCAAAUACCAAUGCCAUGAUAUAGAUGAAUGUUCUCUUGGCCAGCAUCAGUGUGGUACUUUUUCACGAUGUUACAACACAUAUGGAUCCUACAAAUGCAAAUGUAAAGAAGGCUACAGAGACAAUGGAACAAGCUGCAUCCUUAUUCCCAAUGUUAUGAUUGAACCACCUGGUCCAUAUCAUAUGCUCAAGGGCAACAGCACACUUGCCAAAGGAGGCAGUAGCAUAACCAAUAGGAUUCCUGAUGGUGGAGGCACAAGUCAACCCCUCAGACCACCGUAUGUACCUGCUGUUGUUACAGAAAGGCCAGCGGCCAGGCCAACAAGUCGUCCAACAGUCCAGCCAACAACUCGACCUACGCCCMGGCCAAGCACCAGGUACAUCCCUGUGACGACAAGGCCAGUGACGAGGCCUCCGCCUCCAACGCUGCCUCCAUCUCCGACAUUAAGGCCUACGCUGCUGCUGCCACGGAGGACUCCUGUGAUGACAACUGGAUAUCCUUCCCAUGUUCCAUUUGAAACUACAUCUUCCCAAGGAACUACGCUUGACAACAGGAUCCAGGUAGAUCCGCAGAAACCUCGAGGAGAUGUGUUCAUUCCGCGCCAGCCGGGAGUGAGCAAUAAUCUGUUUGAAAUACUUGAAAUUGAAAGAGGGAUUACUGCUGAUGAGUUUGAAGCAAACGAUGACCCAGGGGUGCUGGUGCACAGCUGCAAUUUUGACAGUGGACUCUGUGGCUGGAUCACAGACAAGGAUGAGGAGGUGCACUGGGAACCAGUUGGAGAUCCAUCAGGGGGACGGUACCUUACGGUGUUGGAGCCAAAAGGCCACGUCAGAGGUGCAGCCCAUCUUGUCCUGCCGCUAGGCCACACGGCUCAGGCUGGGGACUUGUGCCUGUCAUUCAGGCACAAGGUGCCAGGGCUGCACUCCGGGGCCCUGCACGUCUUCCUGAGGAAGAGCGGUGCCCACGGGCCRGCGCUCUGGGGAAGGAAGGGCGGCCAUGGCUGGAGAGAGACGCACCUAACGCUGCAUGGCUCAGGCAGCAAGAGUAUUGUUUUCAAGGGAGAGAAAGAGAAAGGAAGAACUGGGGAUAUUGGACUAGAUGAUGUCAUCCUGAGGAGAGGACGCUGCUCUGCCCAACACUAGCAAAGACAGUGGCUGGGCACAAGUCAUCUCCUCCUGCCCUUCUCAUCCUCUUCCCGACAAGCUUCAAAACAGAACUGCAUGAAAGCAACCCAUGUGGAGAAUGGCAAUUUGUUGAUAAGUGCAACCCCAGCAAAUCUGCACUGAAAAUAACAAAGAGCACCAAUUGGGAUUCAGGAACUCCAACCUGUGUCAGGUGUUUCUAAUAGUCUUUUCCCUAAUCAACUUUUAUAAUUAAUAACAUUAUUCCCUGUAACACCUGAUGAGUGUUCAUAUCAAGAAGCACUUGUGGAAGAGGGAAAAUUAGUAAUUAAUGCCAAAUGUUGAUGAAAUAAAUAUCCAGUUUAUAAAGCUUUAAUAUUAGUAACAUCUUCUGUACUGCAAUAGUUCUGUUGAUUAUGCUGAUAGACAGGGGGUUUGACCUCACAGCUUCAUGCAGUCUAGGCUUGAGUUUUGGGCCAUCUUCCUAUCACUGACCUUUAAAGAAGGGUUUGCUGUGUAUCAAACAGCAAUUGAUUUUGGGAUUGUAUCUGUAUCAACAAAAGCAGUUAUGUAGAAUAGGAACUGCAUCCUGUAAUAUCACUCCUGCUGUGUUUUGUGUAUAUGUGUAUGGUUAUUAACAUAUUUAUGUUUUUACUAAUUACAGAGUAGUUGCAAGGUAAACAGCAGCUGUGUGUUCUUAUUUACAAAUGGAGAGCUGCUCCUCCUCUCUGAUCCCACUGGUUGUGCCAAUAGACCAGUUACCAAAGUCACUACAUGGUGCUCAUGGAGAAACAUUUCCUGACCGUUCCCUUUUGCACAAAAUGCAGAUGCAGUUUUUCCACGUUGGAGUGUGUGGGGGACACAAGAAGCAAACCCUCACCUGCACAAGGCUGCAUGGGCCCUGCAGCCAGCGUGGCAGCCUGGCAUGUGGAAGCCGAGUAGCCRGAGAAGCUCCAUGUGCCGCUGCGCCUUGUGUGACUGAGCCUGCUGCUCUGCAUACAGUAAACGUGCUCCAAAAAUAAAACAAAUAGCUCUGGCUGGAUUAAAUAUUUAGCUAAAUUUUGAGCUA